GCGUGCGGGCAGGCGCUUCCGGCCCCGGCCGAGGUGCGGGUCGGCCCAAGAGGUGUGUUGUCGUGGCGCGAGGGAUCCUGGGGCUGCUCCAGCCACGCGCCGCCGCCGUUUCCUGGGGGUGGUGUGGGUUACCCAGGAGAUCCUGUGCCUUCAAACCCUACGAGUCCAUACUUUAAAACAAAAUGAAGAAAUUAAGGCUUAAGGAACUAGAGAGUCGCCUGCAACAAGUGGAUGGAUUCGAAAAGCCCAAGCUACUUCUAGAACAGUAUCCUACCAGGCCGCACAUUGCAGCAUGUAUGCUCUAUACAAUCCAUAACACGUAUGAUGACAUUGAAAAUAAAGUCGUUGCAGAUCUAGGAUGUGGUUGUGGAGUACUUAGCAUUGGAACUGCAAUGUUAGGAGCAGGGUUGUGUGUUGGAUUUGACAUAGAUGAAGAUGCAUUGGAAAUAUUUAAUAGGAAUGUGGAAGAGUUUGAGUUAACAAAUAUUGACAUGGUUCAAUGUGAUGUGUGCGUAUUAUCUAACAGAAUGUCCAAGUCAUUCGAUACAGUGAUUAUGAAUCCUCCCUUUGGGACCAAAAAUAAUAAAGGGACAGAUAUGGCUUUUCUAAAGACUGCUUUGGAAAUGGCAAGAACAGCAGUAUAUUCCUUACACAAAUCCUCAACUAGAGAACAUGUUCAAAAGAAAGCUGCAGAAUGGAAAAUCAAGAUAGAUAUUAUAGCAGGUGGCUUUUGUUUUACAGAGCUUCGAUAUGACCUGCCAGCAUCAUACAAGUUUCAUAAAAAGAAAUCAGUGGACAUUGAAGUGGACCUAAUUCGGUUUUCCUUUUAAAAGCCCUUGCAAACAAAAGUAGUUUAAAACCUAUUUAAAAUGAAUAAAAAAUUGGUUUACUAAACUA